AUGGUACUGCUGCUAGUCUUCCUCGUGUUGGGUUCAUCGGCGUCAAAGUUACCUCCCAACAUUAUAUUCAUGCUUGUGGAUGGCCUGGGCUGGGACGACGUCAGCUUUCACGGGUCUCCCCAGAUCCCGACUCCAAACAUGGACGCUCUUGCUGCCGACGGAAUCAUCCUGAACAACUACUACGUUCAACCGGUAUGCACACAAUCCAGGGCCGCGCUCAUGACCGGGAUGUACCCCAUACACACUGGACUACAGCAUGGAGUGCUACUUGCUGCCGAGCCAAAUGGACUGCCGCUGGAGUUUAAAAUUAUGCCAGAGUAUUUUAAAGACCUGGGCUACGAAACACACUUGAUCGGCAAGUGGAAUCUCGGCUAUUACAUGAAAAAGUACACGCCCACGUACAGAGGAUUCGACAGCUUUUAUGGUUUCUACAAUUAUGAAGAAGACUACUUCACACAUAAUUUGGAAUUUGAGGGUCACAUUGGACUUGACUUCUGGCUUAACACCGAGCCGGUGCUCGGCGAAAAUGGAAACUACUCUACCCAUCUGUACACAGAGCGAGCCAAAUUCCUCAUAGCCAAUCGCGACGUUUCGAAGCCAUUCUUCUUGUACCUGUCGCAUCAGUCAGUACAUGGUGCAAGCGGGAACGAUCCACUUCAAGCGCCAGAGGAGAACAUCGCCAAGUUUCCUUACAUAGGAGACGAAAGGAGAACCAAAUACGCAGGCAUGGUAGACGCCCUUGACGAGUCAGCAGGGGAUGUGCUUGAGGCCCUGUAUGAAGCUGGCAUGCUGGCAAACACCAUCAUUGUGAUGAGUAGCGCCAACGGUGGCCUCUCCUCCGGAGUCGAGUCCAAUGCGGGCAGCAACUUUCCGCUGCGUGGAGGCAAAGGAGCCCUCUGGGAAGGGGGCACCAGAGCCAGCGCCUUCAUCUGGAGUCCCCUGCUAUAUCAGAAGAACAGGGUGUCCGACCAGAUGAUGCACAUCACCGAUUGGCUCCCCACGCUUUACGCCGCUGCCCAAGGCAACCCUUUCAAUUUAGGUACACUGGAUGGCCAAAACUUGUGGAACCAUCUUUCUUACAACUUGCCAUCUCCACGCUACGAAUUAUUGUACAAUAUCGAUCCCAUUGACCAAACGUCGGCCAUUCGUUUCUUGAACUACAAACUGGUUCUGGGAGAAUCUUCCGGCUCUGAAGAAAACGACCACCGCCUUAAAACGCCAGGCAAUUCUCGCCCCUAUCGGGACCUGGACAUCGCCAUGGCGCAGUCUAAGGCCGCGAGGGUGCUCAGAAACUUUCACAACAGAGGAAUCCUUUUCAUGGACAGUAAUUGGAGACAGAAAGCUGCACUCAACUGCGGCGACGAUGAGAGGGAAAACUUUGUGCCGGGAGCUCCUCCGUACCUAUUUGACCUGGCGAAGGAUCCGUGUGAAAUGCGCAAUAUUGUACUCAUAGAACCCGGAGUGAGUUUACGGCAGUGGUCCUCUCUUUGA